UCUUUUCAUUUCGAGAACUUCCAAACGCCACCGGCAAACCGUACAUAUAUAAGGAACGACACGUACCAGUCUUGUGUAUGUGCUGUAUACCUGCUGCGUACCGGUAAACGUAAAGACGUGAAUAACAAAUACUCGUCUCUGACAUUAAAGUAUUUCUUUCUGCUUGAAUCCAACUGUCCACGAAAGAAGUAGCGGCAUAAUGGCUGAGAAACCAAGAAUUGGAUACUGGGAUAUUAGAGGGCUGGCAGCACCUCUUCGCCUGAUCAUGGCUUACUCUGGAGUUGACUUCUCCGACGACCGGUACGCGGUAGGACCACCCCCAGAAUACAACAGGACGAGAACAAGCCUGCUUACCUAGAGAAGGCCAAGAAACAGCUUGAUGCUUUUGAAGCUUACCUGGGAGACAAGAAGUUCUUCGCCGGCGACAAGGUGACCGUUGCCGACUUCCACAUGUUUGAGAUGCUGGACCAGCACAACACCUUUGAGCCCUCUCUGCUGGACAACAGCCCCAAACUUAAGCAGUUCUGGCAACGUUUCCGGGACCUCCCCGCCAUAAAGGCGUACCUGUCAUCUGACAAGUACAAAGAGAGACCCAUUAACAACCCCUCAGCCAACUGGAAAUAAAAUGCCGAAUAUGAAAAUACAGUACUUGUAAUGUUUUGGGCUGAUAUCAUGUUGAGCUUUAUUUAUUAAGUUUUUAAUAAAAUUUCAUCGUUACUUUUCAUUCCAUCGUUCACAACAAGACGCCAUGAUGUGUAUGUUCUUCAAUAAAAUCCCGAGGAAAAACCUCAGUCAAGUCAAA